CGUGUUCUGUUGUGACUUGUGUCAGUAACUCAUUGAUUAUUUUGUCGUAUUGCGCGAAAAUAACAAUUAAAGUACACGAAAAUUUAUCCAUUACAACGUAGCGAACCCCUUGCAUGGGUUCGCAACAUCUAGCGGCCAACACCAGUGUCGUAUUCAACAGUUUCAUUGCAAUUCAGUAACCAUGCCGGGCACUAACCUGAUAGUGCCUGUAGUGCUGUGGGGCAAACACGCGCCCACCCACUGCAUAUCCUCUGUCUACCUGUCCAGAGACCAGAAGACACUGGUUACAGGUUGCUACGACGGUCAGAUAUGCAUCUGGCAAGUAGAUCCAGAGACUUUGAAGAUGACCCCUAGAUGCCUUCUUGUUGGACACACAGCUCCUGUCACUUGUCUAUCAAGGGCCUCUAUUAUACAAGAUAAUAACUUUAUAGUGAGCUCAUCUGAGGCAGGAGAAAUGUGCACAUGGGACUUGGUUGAUGGGAAGUGCAGGGAAAGUGUGAAGCUUACACAAGUGCAUACUAAUAUACAGGCAUACCACAUGUGUAACAGUGACGAUCUACGCCUCUUCUGCAAUGGUUACUACGCAGAAAUAUUGAUCAUGGACCCCUUCUCAUUGGAGAUACUAUUCAGCCUAAGUUCUAAGAUGAAUCCAGACUGGAUAUCAGCAUUGCACGUGUUAAGGCCAUCUUCAAGGAAAGAUGAUGUUGUUUUAGCAAUAUCGAUAACAGGCACAGUGAAGGUGUGGUCCCUGCUCGGCCACGAGAAUAAGCAAUCGGAACCGAUAUACGAGAACGAGUCGAAACAGAUACGAUGCCUGAACGCCCUGUCGCUCAACUGUUGCGCUUACAACCAGCGCACGGUUCUCAUCGUGUGCGCUAAGUACUGUCAGAUAUAUGACGCAGGUGAUUUCUCGGUGCUAUGCUCGAUACAAGCGCCAUCUGGUGAACGUUGGAUGACCGGAGACUUUCUCGCGCCAGACAAAAUCCUUGUAUGGUCCACGGAGGGGAAGGGGUACCUUUAUAAACUACCCGCAAACAAACUACGUGGACGGGCUAUCAGUAGCUCAGUGCCAGACCACAAAGGGUUUCAUGGUCCGUCCGUUGAUCACGACAGUCCAGCACUGUUUAGUAUACUCGCCCAUCCUGACAAUAAGUUGCUGUCAUGUCCCCCAGCGAUGCGCUUCGUGCUGACGUCAGUGGGGGGCAAACAGAGAAGGUUGCUACUAAGGGGGGAUUCCCAUGGUGUCGUGUCUUUGUGGAACGUCGACGACGCAGCCGUACCUCAGCCUGGGCAGACUGCUUCUCAUGCCCCGAUCAUGCUAACGAGCCUGGAGAUGGCGUGGGCGGAAAUGAACCCUAGUCCCGUGGGCAUAUUGGACCAGUUUAGCCAUCCUGAUGAGUCGGAAGUGAAGUUGACGGCAUCUAUAUACCUGCUAGCUGCAAAUAGACUGGUGGUGGGGCGCGAGGACGGCUCCAUCGUCAUAGUGAACGCCACGCACACCGUUCAGCUGCAGUUGCUGCAUGGAAACCAUCAGCAGAUGGACGAUUUGCCGUUACACCAACUUCUGCUCGGCCACAACGGCAGAGUCAACUGUCUGCUGUACCCUCACCACGUCCAUCACAGAUACGACAAAGCGCAUCUGGUGUCUGGCGGUAUCGAUUUCGCGGUGUGCCUGUGGGACUUGUUCAGCGGCGCAUUGCUGCAUCGCUUCUGUGUGCACGCCGGCGAGAUCACGCAGCUGAUAGUGCCGCCGCUCAACUGUAGCCCCCGAAUCCAGAAAUGCGUUUGCUCCGUCGCAUCCGACCACAGCGUUACCUUAUUGAGUCUCGCCGAAAGGAAGUGUGUGACUCUCGCGUCCCGCCACUUGUUCCCCGUGGUGACCAUCAAAUGGCGGCCACUGGACGACUUCAUAGUGGUGGGCUGUAGCGAUGGCACUGUCUACGUGUGGCAGAUGGAGACUGGCCAUCUCGAUAGAGUUUUACACGGUAUGAUAGCGGAGGAGGUUUUGGCGGCAUGCGAUGAGACUUUGGAAAACGAAUUGGGUGGCGCCAUGACUGCUGGCACUGACCUGCAGGGACUGGCCAAUCCAGCUGUGCACUUCUUCCGAGGUCUGCGUCACCGCAACCUGAACGCAAUGCGUGCGGCAACACAGCGCGGAUUAGCAGCGCUGCAGGCGACGGAUCGCAGCGGCAACGCCGGCCCGCUCGCCGAGCCUGCGAGGGCGAGACGCGCCCCGCUCACCAUCCAGGGCUUCCGGUCCAACCCCGCCGACCCAGAGAGCCAUAUCCUGUUCUUCGACAUCGAAGGCCUGAUCGUGGAACUGUUGAGCGAGGAGUAUUCAGCCAUGAGCCCAGCGAGCCUUGAGGCUGCCGGUCUGAUCACGAGCGAGUAUAUGAAGGUGGCAGCACUGACGCAGUCGGCGAGCCCGGACGCUGCUAAACGGAUAUCCGAUUUCUUCGGUCGUGUGAAAGACAAGGCCGGAGAUAUGGAAAGGCUUUUGAAAGAAAAGGACAAACACGGUAUCCUGGCCAAGAUGAAGGAAGGUGCGGAGACGAUGCAGACCAAGCUACAGGCGAAGGCGGACCAGAUAAAGGCGCAUUUGGAUGCCAAAGAUGAGACCCCAUCAAAACGCCAUCGUCCACGGGACAUGUCGCUGGCCGAGCCCCCGCCCACCAUGGAGAUAGCUCAGAUCCUCAUAUCGUUGCUGCACGCGUGGGGCCUCGACCCCGACCUGGACAGAGUCUGCGAGUCCAAGCUCGGUCUCCUACGACCUAUGGUACCAGUGUGCUUCGGCGUGGUCUCUCGUCACGGCCACAUGGCGGUGCAGCUGCCUACCAGGCUCGGUGGCUGGGCUGAGGCGUGCGCGGCGGCGCCCGAUGACCCCCUGCUUAUGACCUCCGACCUGCCUGCUGAACUGCUUAGACAGGAAAAGUUGACCAGACUGUUCACGUCCAAGUUGCACUGGGAGCUCAGCACCACGCUCACCACCAACCACCUGCUGUCCAUCGUGGCGCUCGCCAACACGCUCAUGUCCAUGAGCAACGCGAGCUUCGUGCCCGAGCAGGAGGUCGCUAGGAGACUGCACAGACCAACAACACGCACUUCCUCGUGGGCCGGUGACGAGGAGCGCGAGGAGCAGCUGGCGGCGCAGCAGGCGCACAUCAAGCAGGGCUGGUCACUGCUGGCCACUUUACACUGCGUCCUGUUGCCGGACAAAGUGGUCGCCGCAGGUGCCAAAAGCUUCAAGCGGCCCCAGGUGGAAAUGCUGGCGCGUAAGUGGCAACACCACUGCCUGGAAGUGAGAGACGCCUCGCAGGCGCUGCUACUGGCUGAACUGGGCAGACUGGGUCCCAAAGGCCGCAAGUCUCUGGUAGACAACUGGGCGCAGUACCUGCCACUGUACACCCACACGGAGAGCAUUAACCCUAACGCUGCGAAAAAGGAACCCGUCGAGAAGGACGCCAGAGAUCAAGAAGAGGAGUUCGAGGAAGAGGAGGAGGACCAGAUCCGCAAGCCGUCGUCGAAGGCCGAGCUGAAGCGCAAACAGACCACCGCCGUCGUGCUGCUCGGCGUCAUCGGCGCCGAGUUCGGACAGGACAUCGCUAGCGAAGGCGCAGCGGGCAAUAAACGUCGUAAAGAUGGCGACAGCAGAAAAAGCUCCAUUGUAGAAGGAUUCACACUGAGUGCGUCGAACAACUUGGCGCGACUGACGGCGCUGGCGCUGACGCACCUGCUGCUGGCAGCUGGCUCCCCCCGCCUGCCCGCGCACACCCCGCUGCGCCGCGCCGCCGUCGACCUGCUGGGACGGGGCUUCGCCGUCUGGGAGCCCUACCUGGACGUCAGCCAGGUGUUGCUGGGGCUGCUGGAGAUGUGCUCGGACGCGGACAAGCUGGUGCCGUCGAUGACGUACGGGCUGCCGCUGACGCCGCAGGCCGACUCGUGCCGCACGGCGCGACACGCACUCACGCUCAUCGCUACGGCGAGGCCAGCAGCGUUCAUAACGACGAUGGCGCGCGAGGUGGCGCGCUGCGCGGCGGCGCCGGCGGGCGCUCCGCCGCUGCCCGCAGCCCUGGCGCUGCAGCGCGGGCGGGCCGAGGUGCUGCGCGGCAUCGAGCUGCUCAUCGAGAGGAUGCACGCCGAGGUGGCCGAGCUGCUGGUCGAGGUGAUGGACAUAAUCCUGCACUGCGUGGACCAGUCGCACCUGAAGAGCAAGGGCCUGAACGAGGUGUUCCCCGCCAUCUGCCGCUACAACCAGGUGUCGCACUGCCCCGCCACCAGGCGCAUCGCAGUGGGCAGCCACACGGGGCAGCUGGCCAUCUACGAGCUGCGCGCCGGGCGCUGCCAGUCGCUGGCGGCGCACAGCGGGCCGGUCACCGCGUGCGCCUUCAGCCCCGACGGCCGCUACCUCGUGUCGUACGCCACCGCCGACAACCGCCUGUCCUUCUGGCAGAGCACCGCCGGUAUGUUCGGUUUGGGCGCGGCGCAGACCCGCUGCGUGAAGUGCUACAGCACGGCGCCCAUGGCGGACGUGGCGCGCCUCAACCCCGCCCGCCUCGCGCGCCUCGUGUGGACCAAUUCGCGCUCCGUCACGCUCAUGCUGGCUGACGGCUCCGAGACACGGUUCAACGUGUAAACGUGUGACGACUCCGAGACACGGUUCAACGUGUAAACGUGUGGCGGAUCCGAGAUAGGGUUGCCAACAUCUUUUGAAGAAAAUCAUCAUUAUCAUCAUAUCAGCCGAUGGACUACCACUGCAGGAUAUAGGCCUUUUGUAGAGACUUCCAAACAUCACGAUCCCGAGCCACCUGGAUGCAGAGAAUCCCUGCGACUCGCUUCAUGACAUGACUUUAGUCCACCUGGUGGAGGGUCGACCAGGCUGGCUGCGCUUUGUAGGCCACAACGUCCAUCGGCUAUUUAGACUAUGUGUUGAAAAAAAUAUAUAACAUUCUUUUGGAAGUAAAACUUCUUCACGAGCGUUUGACUUGAGGAAUUUGUACGAAAAUUGUAAUCGGGCGAUGGGUGCUGUCAUCUACAAGCAUAGUGAAACAGUGUUUGUUAUUUUAAACUACCAAUAGAUGGCGUUCUCAGAGAACUUUGAUACAAUCCCUUUUUGUACAAGAACCUGUUGCUAUGUAAUUAUGUCGGAGGCUCAUAGAUGGCGCUUCGUUAUUUUUGAAAGAAGUUUUACUUUUUAGUAGGCACACCCGAAAUAUAUUACUACGUAUAUAUUGUAUAGCACCAGCGGUUGGCAACCCUAGUCUGAGAUGUUGUUCAACAUGUGAAACUGUUAUAAAUAUGUAAUAUUUAAAAUGAUUGUAAAUUAUUUAUCUAACUAACGUAAACGAAACUAACAUAAACGUAACGUAAAGGAUAACUAACUUGACAGAAUUAUGUUUGUAUUGUUAGAUACAACUUGCUAAAAACCUUAUUUAUCACCUAACCUAAUCUAACCCUGUAGUAAAAUCUAAGAUAAAUGAAACUAACCUAACUAGCCUAGCCUUCUAUGUACCUACUAAUUUGCGCUCCGGCACACUCCUGCUGGCUGACGGGUCCGAGACACGGUUCAACGAGUGAACGUGUGACUGGUCUGAGACACGGUUCAACUUGCAGACAUAUGUGACGAGUCCGAGACCCGGUUAAACUUGUAGACACGUGUGACAGGUCCGAGACUCAGUUCAACUUGUAGACAUGUGUGACGGGUCCGAGACACGGUUCAACUUGUAGGCAUGUGUCACGGAUCCCAGACACGGUUCAACUUGUAGACAUAUGCGCCAGGUCCUAGACGCGGUUCAACUUGUAGACAUGUAGUAUAUUAAUUUGUUGCAACUUAUUUAUCUACUUAACCUAAUGUAAAACUAACACAAACCCAGCAUAAAGAAAACUAAACUAACAGAAUCCAUACUGUUUAUAUUAUAUUGUCAUAACUGAUAUAAAUCAAUGUAACCUACUUACUUACUUUUUUGUUACUCGUUUGUUUUUCUUGUAAAAUACUCCAAUCGAAGGUUAACAUUCCAGGCACUUCAUCGGACAUCCUUCACACUAUAAAAAAUAAAAAUAGAUAGAAGGUAUUUAAAAAGUGCUAAUAAUAUAGCCACCCUUAGCCGGAACAGUUUUGAAUCUAAAACCGCCCCUGUAUAUUAUGUACAUGAUUCUUUAAACUAUAUUAUGUGAUGUUUUACUAGUAUUGUAUUAUAGCUUAAUUUUAAAUUAUUAAUUAACUCAACUAAUAGCAUACAAACUUUAUGACGUUUCGGAACAUCGUGCUUUUUGCUGCGCAUUAUAAGAUUUUAGGUAUCAACGGUAACGUAGAGGAUACGGUGACACCGCAGAUAAUUUCCGAGACGUGAUAAAUUUUGCAUCCAACUAUACCUACAUUAAGUAUUAUGUAAAUUAUUUGUUUAUUGUAAUCAGAUAUUUAUGAAUGUUGUUAUAGAUAAUAAAUGUUUCUUUGUAAAA